AUGGCAGCUCUAACAACAAUUCACAAAGUUUUCGCUUUGACUUUAGCAGUUUGUGUGGAUCUUUCUUUAUUUUACGCAUCAGGAUUUGCUGGGAUUCACAGCGUUUUGGGGCAUUUUGCGCAUCUCUGGCUUUCAGCAGCUCUACGAUGGUCAGCAGUAACUAUUACAACUCUGCUGGUUCUGGGAGACCCGAGCCCGCUGCUGAUCCGGUUCAUAACAGCCUACAGUCUGCUUCCAGCGGUGUAUGAGACCGGAACCAGGGUUCUGUACCGGGAGGAGAGCCCAUGUGGGCCGGUGGCGGAUAUUCGCUGCUGGCUGAUGUUCGCCGGAGCUUCGCUCGGAGCGGCGCUGUUCUGGGAGAUCACCAUCCCGGACAGCGACGAGGAGGCUGGGAGUAAAGCCCAGAAACAGAAGUCCAGGGUUCUGUUCAUGAGGGUUGUCCAUCUGUACAGACCUGAUUAUUCCAAACUGUUCGGAGGCGUUGUGUUCCUGUCACUGGCAGUUAUCUGUGAGAUGUUCAUCCCAUUCUACACAGGAAGAGUCAUUGACAUCCUCGGCAGUGACUACCAACAGACUCAAUUCUUCACAGCUCUCCUCUUUAUGGGCCUGUACUCUGUAGGAAGUUCUGUGAGUGCUGGCUGCAGAGGGGGUAUAUUACUUUGUGCCAUCAGCUCGUUUACAUGCAGAAUCAAAGUGAAGCUGUUUGAAGCUUUGACCAAGCAGGAGAUUGGAUUCUUUGAAACUGUAAAAACAGGUGAAAUCACAUCCAGGUUGUCUAAAGACACAACUCUGACAGGAAGGACAGUUUGUCUGAAUGUCAACGUGAUGCUGAGGACAUUUAUCAAGACGAUGGGAAUGAUCUCCCUGAUGAUGAGUCUGUCGUGGAAGCUCACAUUCCUUGUAUUGAUGGAAACACCUAUAACCGGUCUCAUACAGAACUUGUAUGACACUCACUAUCAGAGGUUGUUUCAGGAAAUGCAGGACUCAAUGGCUCGAACAAAUGACUCCGCAAAUGAGGUUGUCUUUGGCAUCCGUGUGGUUCGAAGUUUCAACACAGAAAAGCAUGAAGCUGAUCGCUAUGAUAAACGAUUAUUGGAAACACACUCACUAAAGAUUCGACGGGACACUGUGAGAGCUAUUUAUCUGCUCGGAAGGAGGUUGACAGGUUUGGGAAUGCAGGUCUUCAUUUUGUACUAUGGCAGACUCUUCAUCCAAAUGGGACAGAUGACCACUGGGAACCUGGUUUCCUUCAUUAUCUACCAGUCAGACCUAGGAAACAACAUUAGGACUCUUACUUACAUCUUUGGUGACAUGCUGAACUCGGUGAUGGCUGCUGGGAAAGUGUUUGAGUACAUAGACCGGAAACCUCAAAUCAGCACAGACGGAAAACUGAAACCGGAUCAGUUGGAAGGACGGAUCAACUACUGUAGUCUGAACUUCGCUUAUCCUUCAAACCCUGGGAAAACUGUACUGCAGGACUUUAGCCUGGAGCUGAAGCCAGGCCAGGUGACCGCUCUGGUUGGUCCAUCUGGAGAAGGAAAAAGCACCUGCGUGAGUCUCUUACAGCGAUUAUAUGAACCUCAAGACGGAGAAAUAUUACUGGAUGGAGAACCACUGAAAUCCUACGAUCACCACUUCUUCCACAAAAAGAUAGCAGUGGUGAGCCAGGAGCCUGUUCUGUUCUCUGGAUCCAUCAGAGAUAACAUCACCUACGGACUCAGUGACUGCUCACAAGAGAAGAUCGAGGAAGCAGCACACAAAGCCAACGCCCACGAUUUCAUUCACCAACUAGAGAAAGGCUACGACGCAGAGGUGGGUGAGAGCGGCGGCCAGUUGUCUAAGAGUGAGAGGCAGCGGAUCGGCAUCGCCAGAGCUCUGGUCAGAGAUCCAAAAAUCAUCAUUCUGGAUGAAAUAACCAGCUCUCUGGAUGUUGAGAGUGAAAACAAGGUUCUCCAGGGCCUGGCCAGCUGCCCCAACCAGACCCUGCUGGUAAUCGCUCACAGACUGAAAACCAUUGAAAAGGCGGAUCAGAUUGUUGUGGUUAAAGGAGGUAAAGUGGAGGAGAAAGGGACCCACCAGGAGCUCAUGGAGCAGCAGGGAAGUUACAAUAAACUGAUAAAUGAGCUGUUUGAUUAGGCAAACUCACCAUAACUGCUGUAAAUUAUUUCUACUGAAACUGCAACCUAAUAUCAAGUGAAAGAAGUGUUUUCUAUGCCUGCCGUAUAAUAUUUUUGUAUAUAGUGAGUUUAGAUAGUUUUGUACAGAUAUUAAAGAUGUUUUUAAAACUUUUUAUUUAUUUUAAGGAUGGUAUAAUCAUGAAAUGAAAGUGUCUUUUGUCAGAUCUAUGUUCAUGAUCUAAUUUUCUGAUUCAUGUUCUGAUAAUUUAUUGACCCAACAGGUGAAUGUUGUUGCUAUAAAUCAUUGUUUAUAAUCAGAAUGGCCAAAGGUUGCUUUGUGGUUGGUACAUCUCAAAUAAAAGAU